AUGCUCCGUUCACCCAAUGCCUACGGGCCCCCCUUCCAGGUUGGACGGAGUCCCAACAUCCAGGGGCCUAGUCCCCCGUCCUAUACUACCAUAGAAGAGCAUUCUGCAGACCUGAGCGGGCUAAGGGCCGUAUUAUCUCAGAAUCUGGCCUAUUAUGGCUCGCGUCCAAAGACUUCAGUAGCCUCGGAGCCCGAGUUAAGCCGUGUGUAUCAUGAAUGGAUCAAAGCAGGGAGACUUCACAAUGUCGUCUGCUCGGCGUGUCACAAUCCUGAUGAUCUGCUGUUGUGUAAGACGUGCUGUAGAUCUUAUCACGGAUCAUGCCUUCCACCUUCUGAUGUCCCUGGGUCGCCUGCGAACUUUCAUUGUCCGUUUUGCAAACGAAAACGGUGGGAUCGCUUUCCGCCUCAAUCCACAGUGUCUGCCUCUGUGUCAGAUGCAUCCCACAGUAACACACUCAGCGAACGAGGUGUGGGGAUGUUGGCUAGCCCCUCAAGCCAUGUAGCAGCUAGUAACCAGACCUCCCCGGGAACAAAUGAGAACUCUAUGCCAGGAGUUCAGGUGUCACCAGUACAGCCAUUUUCAGACACCGACCAGCUCCGGAAUAACCAGGUGCAGGAUAGCAUCUCUCAAUCCGCUGAACUGUGUGCCCGUGCUAAGGAAUUCUUGUCCGAGUAUGGCGGGUUUCCCCAGGGUCAAGAGUACAGACAGGGAUUUCUGCUUCAAUUGGGUUGGAUGAUGAAGGAGGUGGAAUCCCACCAGAUGCUGUUUCACGAAGUUCAAAAUUUGCGAGAAGAAAAUGCGAGAUUACAAAAUGAAAAUUCCCAGCUUAAGGGGGGUUACCAACCCCCCAGGAUACCCACUGAAGCUAUGUUGGCUGUAUCUUCCAGAGCAAAUAGCCCGAUUCCAAGACCUUCGGACGCCGCUGGGAAAUCAUGGGAUAGCAUUGUGCUGGACUUGAUUUGA